GUGGCUAGGUUUAAACCGCCGAAUGAGAAAUCGAAGGAGGCUUUGAUGAGUUCUCAGCAAAUCAAAAUCGGUCCACAUGAGUUCACUGUAAAACCUGAUUUCAGAGAUAAGGCUUUGCAAGUCAGCUCGUGUUUGUGUUUGGAUGAGGUGCAGUCCUACAUUCUCGUUGAUAGGUAUCUUGAGCGCGGAAAUACCGCUGAGAAUUAUAUAGUUCGUGAUCCUAUUCAUGUGGAUGUUGAUCUUUUCACCUUAUGGGCUGAGGAGACACUGCUUGAAGACAACUUGGUUUUGGACAUUAUUUUUUUCAAUUUAUAUGAACUAUGUAGCUUGUUUGUGACUGAAAUAAAAAGCUUGACUCAUAAGGAACUUAACAGGUCUUAA